AAAAUACAUCUCUUGCAAUUUCUAAAAGUUGCAUAAUUCCAAUGAAUAAUUCCAUUUUUGCCUCUAUUUUCUUUUUCUUUCUCUUCUAUUUUCUUCUUCUCUUUCCUCUUCCUCAUUGGCUGUCACCGUGUCUAGACCAUCUCUUCCUCCAUUGGCUUGUUCAUAUGUCUAUCAAGAAUUAACUUUUUCCUCUCUUCGAAUUUUUGAUCAAUCAUAAUAAUUUUGUUCAAAAGAUGGUUAAAUUUGAUUUGGUUAUCAUUGUUUGCAAAUGAUGUUUUGCAUUGUCAAGUUUCCAAUCGUUUCAUAAAAGGUAGAGGAGGAUGAAGCGUGGGAAAGGCGAGAAAAAAGAAAAAAAGAGCCGAGAUGGCAGUGGUCAAGUAGUUCCACUCACUGAGCCGGUGGUUAUUCCUACGGCUACGGUUGGAACAAGAUCAUGGAUAGGAGGGCUUUUCACACGCUCCAGUAGACGUCAAGACAAGUCAAUCGACUACACUUUGUCUCCUCUUCAGGAGGAAAGACUUCAAAGGCUGCAAGAUCGUUUGCUUGUACCUUUUGACGAGACAAGUCCUGACCAUCAGGAAUCACUUAAAGCAUUGUGGAAUGUCGCAUUUCCGAAUGUUAAUCUCACAGGUUUAGUAACAGAACAAUGGAAAGAAAUGGGAUGGCAAGGUCCCAAUCCAUCUACCGAUUUCAGGGGUUGUGGAUUUAUUGGUCUAGAGAAUUUGCUGUUUUCUGCAAGAGUUUAUCCGGUUUGUUUCCGGAGGCUAUUAUUGAAACAAAGAGGCGACCGAGCACAGUGGGAGUACCCUUUUGCUGUGGCCGGAAUCAACAUCUCCUUCAUGCUUAUCCAAAUGCUCGAUUUACAAAACGCUCCAAAGCCGAAAUGUAUUCCAGGAAUGAAUUUUCUCAAACUCUUAGAAGAAGACGAGAAUGCAUUCGAUGUACUAUACUGUAUAGCUUUCGCAAUGAUGGAUGCUCAAUGGCUUGCGAUGCACGCUUCUUACAUGGAAUUCAAUGAAGUAUUACAGGCGACUAGGAAUCAGCUAGAGAGAGAGCUUUCUUUGGACGAUAUUCAUCGGAUUCAAGAUCUUCCUGCUUACAAUCUCUUGUUCCAAUAGAAUUUCUUUUAUGUAGUUUCAUUUCGAUUUUCUUAUGCUGUACAUUAACUGAAUUUAUGAACGAAAAGAAAUGAUAAUAACUGAAGUAAAAAAAGGAGUAGAAAAUGAAUUAUCACGUAUCAAUAUGAUGCAUGCUUGUCUUGUAAUUUCGAUGAUGAUGAUGGUGUGGAAGGAAAUUAAAGAGUAAAUUGGAAUCUUAUGAUAUUAGAAAAGUCGGUCUGAUUAUGAACUAUUGUAUAUUCCUAAUGGAAUAAAAAUUAGAUAAGGUGCUUACGUUUGCUUUGAGAUUCGACAAAUGCAAUUUUGAACUUAUCCUCUAUUCUAAUAACAAAGCAGAAGGGAUCACUUUUGAAA